AUGGCAUCCGCUCAGGAAAUAACGCCAAAAAUGGACCACCGCUCGGACAAGUCGGUUUCUCAUUCAGGGAGCGAUGUUGAGAAGCAGACUGCUGCCCCCGCAGAGGGCGAGCUUCAGCGCAAGCUGAGUUCCCGCCAUUUGCAAUUCGUUGCAAUUGGUGGAACAGUAGGAACUGGUGUCUUCAUUGCCAGUGGUGGCUCUAUUGCUACUGCUGGUCCUGCUGGUGCACUCCUGGCUUAUGUCUUCGUCGGUACUCUAGUCUACUCUGUCAUGCUCAGUCUGGCUGAGAUGGCAACCUACCUCCCCAUCUCCGGUGCUUUCACACAAUAUGCUGCUCGAUUCGUUGACCCCUCCCUGGGCUUCGCCAUGGGAUGGAUCUACUGGUUUUCAUGGUCCAUCACCUAUGCUCUUGAGCUCACAGCCGCCGGCCUUAUCAUUCAAUGGUGGGACCAGGAUCUGAGCAUUGGUAUCUUCAUUACCAUCUUCUGGGUACCCAUCACCGCCGUCAACUUCUUGCCUGUCGACAUCUUCGGAGAAUUUGAGUUCUGGUUUGCCCUCAUCAAGGUCGUCGCCCUUGUCGGUUUCUGGAUCUACGCAAUCUGCAUGAACGCUGGAGUCGGUGCGCAGGGCUACAUCGGCUUCAAGUACUGGGACUCCCCUGGUGCUUUCGCGCCCUACCUCGCUGAGGGAGCCGUUGCCAAGUUUGUUGGGUUCUGGGCUGUGCUCAUCCAAGCUGGUUUCGCCUACCAAGGUACUGAGCUUUGUGCCAUUGGUGCUGGAGAGUCGGCCAACCCUCGUGUAACCAUGCCUCAGGCCAUUCGAAAGACCUUCUGGAGCAUCUUUAUCCUUUUCGUCUUCAGCAUCUUCUUCGUCGGUAUCCUGGUUCCGUACGACAACGAAGGUCUGCAGAUUGGUGCCACAAACGCUGGUUCGUCGCCAAUGGUCAUUGCCUUUCAACUCGCCGGUGUUUCUGCCCUUCCCGACAUUUUCAACGCUAUUCUUCUUACCGUUGUCCUCUCAGCCGCCAGCUCGAACGUCUAUUCCGGAAGCCGUAUCCUUGUCGGUCUCGCUGAAGAACAGUGCGCCCCUGCGUUCCUCAAGGCCUCGAGCAAGCGAGGUGUUCCCUACUGGGCUACCGCGGUUACAGCCGCUAUGGGUCUUUUGGCCUACAUGAACCUCAGCUCCAACGGUGGCAAGGCCUUCAACUGGCUCCUCAACAUUGUUUCCGUCGCCGGUUUCAUUGCCUGGACAUGCAUCUUGAUCUGCCAUCUUGCCUUUAUGCGCGCUCUCAAGGCCCAGAACAUCGACCGCGACACACUCCCAUUUAAGUCAUGGGGUGGCCGCGGUCUCGCCAUUUACGGAGUAACCUUCUGCGCCAUCAUUACCAUCACCCAGGGUUUCACCGCUUUCGUCCCCUGGAACGUCGAGAACUUCUUCAUCGCCUACAUCAGUCUGAUUCUGUUCGCUGUGCUUUACACCGGCCACAAGAUCGCGACUAAGAGCAAGUUCAUUAACCCCGCUGAGGCCGACCUUGUCAACGGAAAGUUCGAGGACGAGCUAGCUGAGACAUGGGAAGAGUCAUCCGCAAGCGGAUGGAAGAAGAUUAUGAACAAGUUCCUUUGAGCAAUCGCAUGGAACCCAUUGCGUUUGUACAAAAGUGUUUUUGGCUUGCAUAGCGUAGCGUUGGGGUUGCAUUGCACGGCGUUGUUUUACUAGCUUUUAAUGUAGUUACGGAGAUACCAAUAUUUAUGAAUUAUCCGCUCCAAA